AUGUUACAAACCCUGGACGAGGAGGGAUUAACGCCUACAGCAGCCUCACUCCAUUAUAAAGACGAAUUGGAGAACCCAGGGAUCAAGCCAGAAAGCUUCCCUGACUGGGAAAACUCGCUGGAAAAUCCCCGGAAUUGGCCAGCAUGGAAGAAAUCAAUUCUCAUGGCUGCCAUGUCAGCUUCGGCUAUCACUGGUUCCAUUUCAACUUCUAUAAUGACCCCAGCCCGGGCGGAGCUUAUGCAAGAGUUUCACGUCAGUAGCACAGUGGCAAUUCUCCCCGUAACGUUCUAUGUCCUUGCACUGGGCUUUGGGCCUGUGCUUGGUGGCCCGCUCUCCGAGACUAUUGGCCGCUAUCCUGUCUAUCUAGGAUCUAUAAUUAUCGGUUCUGCAUUCGUGAUUGGGUCUGGAUUCACACAUAAUUUUGGUGCUUUGGUAUUCUUCCGAUUUCUCACGGGUUUUGCGUGGGCUCCAGUCUUUGCUGUGGCUCCAGGGUCGCUGUCCGAAACAUUUCUCCCCAAGGCUCGAGGGCCUGCGGCUGCUACUUUCACUUUGAUGCCAUUUCUCGGACCAGGUCUAGGGCCGGUAAUCGGGUCCUUUGUUGUGUCUCGCAAGGGUUGGAGAUGGACACAAUGGACGGAGCUUUUCUUUGCUGCCUUCAGUCUCCUAUUAACCCUUGGCACAAGCGAAACAUUUCGCCCAGUUAUUCAACGUCGCUUAGCGAAAAAACGUGGCCUUGAGGUUCGCCAGCGACCGCUUCUGUCAACUCAACUACACGAGUUCGCCGUCGUCGCUCUCAUUAGGCCGCUCCGUAUGCUCCUGAUGGAGCCAACCGUCUCUUUUAUCUGUCUACAUGUUGCGUGCGAGUUCGGGACACUAUUUAGCUUCUUUGCAGCAGUUCCUUAUACUUUUGGCACUGUAUAUGGCUUUGAUCUUGAUACUUCUGGCUUGAUUUUCCUAUCGAUCGUUAUUGGCUGCCUUCUCGGGUUUCUUACCGUAAUAUUGUGCGAUAUCUUUGUUUACAGGAAACAAAUACCUCGAUACCCACCGCAUCAGGUGCCUCCUGAGUAUCGUCUUGCACCCGCUAUGUUCGGAAGCAUUGGCUUGCCGCUUGGAUUAUUCUGGUUUGGGUGGACCGCUCGAGACGGGUUAUCCUGGGCUGUCCCUGGCGCUGCCAUCAUUCCUUUCGCCUGGGGAAAUCUUUGCGUUUUCGUUUCUACGAUGCAGUAUAUCACAGACACAUAUCACGGAGAUGUUGUAGCCAGUGCCGCCGGUGCUAAUAGUUUAGCUCGCUAUGGCUUCGCCGGGGUAUUCCCUCUGUUCACAAUCCAGAUGUACGAAAAACUUGGCAUAGCCUGGGCUAGCAGCCUACUAGGGUUCAUCGCCCUAGCACUUUUACCAAUUCCUUGGGUACUCUUCAGGUUUGGUCCUAGCAUUAGGGCCAAGAGUCGGUUCAAAACCGUACAAGCAUAG